UGCGCAAGAUUUUACCAUUAAAUUUGUUGCUAUUUUUGUGUUUUCUUUAAAAAAAACUAUAAGAGAGUUACUGUUAGACUUUUCUAGAAGGACAGUUUACAAGAUAACCAUGAUUCGUCAGGUUAUUGUCGCAAAGACACAUCAUGUAUUUAUUGGCCGAGUAUAUUAUCUGUUUUGACUUUCAAUUUAUAGUUUAUCUCAUCUUGUGAUAUCUUAGGAAGUAUUGAUCACUAAAAGAGUUUGCAAGUUAAUAAAAGGUUGUGUGCAUCAAUGUAUUUUGUUAUUCUAAAUAAUUUUCUUCAUCUAAUAUUUCUAUACUCUUUAAGGUUAUGGCAUCAAGUAAGAAUGGAUGCAGCUUGUUGAUAAUCGGCUCGAUGAAGCCUAUUUAAUUGGGGUGCAGAAGUUUUUAGAUUAUGCUUUUAGAAGAACAGGAGAGUCGUAUGAAAUAUGAUGUCCCUGUGUCAAAUGUUGUAACACAACAUUAGGAACACGCGAGAUAGUCAAGUCACAUUUGAAAGUAUAUGGAAUAAUAAAGAAUUAUACUUUUUGGUAUCACCAUGGAGAAGUUUUAGGUGAGCCACAGUCGGAACUUGAAGAUGAAGAUGAAGAUGAUAAUGAAGCAGAAGAAUACGAGAGUGAGGAUGAAAUAGAAGAAAUUUUGAGAGAUCUAUAUCCUAAUCAUGAUAGAAGCACUGCAGAUAUUGGUUGUGAUGAUUUACUUCAAGAGGAACCGAAUGUUGAAGCCAAAAGAUUUUACAGUCUAUUGAGGGAUUUUGAGAAGCCACUAUACCAAAACUCAAAAAUUUCAAAGCUUUCCACUUUGAUUAAAUUGCUUCAUAUAAAAAGUAUGGAUCGCUAGAGCAAUGAGUCAUUUACAAUGCUAUUAAAAAUGUUAAAGGAUGAGUUGUUGCCCGAUGAAGCGGAUUUGCCAAAUUCAUAUUAUGAGGCAAAGAAAGUAAUUCGGAAUCUUGGGCUUUCCUACUAUAAGAUUGAUGCUUGUAUAAAUGAUUGCAUGUUAUACUGGAAGGAGGAUAAUUUACUUGAUUCUUGUAAAAUUUAUGGUGCAUCCAGAUGGAAAAUAAACAAACAUAGCGGGGAAGCAAAGAAUAAAAAAGACAAAAAGAUAGCAGCUAAGACUUUGUGCUAUUUUCCAUUAAAGCCUAGAGUUCAAAGGUUGUUUAUGUCUACAAAGACAUCUUCUCUAAUGACAUGGCAUCAUGAUUAAAGAGUUGAUGAUAGAAUAAUGAGGCACCCAGCUGAUUUAACGGCUUGGAAAUCAUUUGAUGAACUUCAUCCCUCAUUUGUGGCCGAGCCUCGUAAUGUUCGACUUGGACUUGCUAGUGAUGGAUUUCAGCCAUUUCGCAAUUCAAAAACCUCAUAUAGCAUUUGGCCGGUGGUACUUAUUCCUUAUAAUUUACCACCUUGGUUGUAUAUGAAACAAGAAAAUUUUAUUAUGUCAAUGCUUAUUCCUGGUCCAGAUAGUCCAGGAGAUGCAAUUGACAUAUAUCUUCAACCUUUGAUAGAGGAACUAAAUGAGUUAUGGGAAAUUGGUGUUGAGACCUUUGAUGUAUCUACUAGACAGAAUUUUAAGUUGCAUGCUUCUUUGUUAUGGACCAUUAAUGACUUUUCAGCAUAUGGAAAUUUAUCUGGAUGGAGUACAAAAGAAAAAUUGGCAGGCCCAUGUUGCAAUAAAGAUACUUUCUCAAUUAGAUUGACUAAUAGUAAGAAACAUUAUUUUAUGGGUCAUCGACGAUAUCUUCCUCUUAAUCACAGAUGGAGGAAUGAUAAGGAGUCAUUUGAUGGCACAAAAGAGCGACGACUCCCACCAAAAAUACGUUCUGGUAUUGAAAUACUUAAUCAAGUGCGGGAUCUUGAAGGGCUACAUCUAACGAAGGAUCCAAAGAAAAAGAUCAAAAUAUCACAUGAGAAUCGAAAGGAUAAUUGGAAUAAGAGAAGUAUUUUUUUUGAACUUCCCUACUGGAAAUCUUUGUUGUUGCGGCAUAAUUUGGACGUUAUGCAUAUUGAGAAAAAUAUAUGUGAUAAUAUUUUGGGGACGAUCAUGAAUGCCAAAGGAAAGACCAAGGACACCAUUAAUGCUCGGCUAGAUUUGCAAGAAAUGAACAUUUGGCGGGAACUGCACCCCAUCAAAAAGGGAGAAAAGUACGAAGUUCCAACUGCAAGUUAUACAUUAUCUCCCCAAGAAAAGCACAAGUUAUGCCUCUUUUUAAAGAAUUUAAAGGUUUCAGAUGGAUUUUCAUCUAAUAUUUCUCAAUGUGUGAACUUGAAAGAACACAAGAUUUCUGGCUUAAAGAGUCAUGAUUGCCAUGUUCUUUUGUAACAUUUACUCCCUCUUGCACUACGUGGUAUGUUGUCCAAAGAUGUAUGUGAACCACUUAUUGAGUUGUCUUUAUUUUUUCAAUAUGCUUGGAGCUAAGGUGUUAAGGAUGGAUGACUUGGAACGAAUUGCAGCUCAGAUUCCUAUAACUCUUUGCAAGUUAGAAAAAGUCUUCCCUCCUUCAUUUUUUGAUGUCAUGGUACACUUGCCUAUUCAUUUGGCUAAUGAAGCUAUGCUUGCUGGACCUAUUCAAUAUCGGUGGAUGUAUCCUAUAGAGCGAUGGUUAUAUUUUUUAAAAUCUCUUAUUGGUAAUAGGGCUUGUCCAGAAGGCUCUAUCGCAGAGGGGUACCUUGCAAAUGAAUGUAUGACCUUGUGUUCAAUCUAUUUAUAACAUUUCAAUCUAAUAUUGUUACUUUAAUAUAGGCGAGAAGCCAUAGGAACGCAGCAAAUAGAGCUAAGCUAAAGAUGCUUCAUCAUAUUGGUAGCAAGCCAAUUAGAGAAAUUAUUUAUCAAAAGGGAGGAAAAGAUGGCAACCCACCAGAUUUGGCAACUAUUUUCUUUGAGACUCGCAAGAAGAAUAACACACUUGUUGAUUUUGAAACAAUUGAGAAACAUGUGCAUUUGGUUAAUUGAACAUCUACCUUACUUUUAGUUAGCAUGUGUUCUGACAAACUCUUUAUAUACUUUUCAGGCUCAAAUCCGAGAAUUGGUGAUGUCUGAACCGUCUCUUCCAAGCAUAGAGAUUGUAGAAAAAUGCUUUGGACCUCAAACUCGCAGCCAUAUAUUUGGUUAUGGAGGUGGAGUAAAAGCAAAAGAUCUGAAAGGUGGCGCUUCUUCAAAGGCUGAACUAAUAUCUGAGUUACGUUCGACUCGAGAAGAAAACAAAUCUUUGAAGGAUCGUGUGUCUACAUUAGAAAGUGAGAUGAAAGAUUUGAAGAAACUAGUAUUGGCUCAACACUCCAAUGUCCAGCCUCCGACAUCGACCGUUUCAGGAGAAUGAUCAUCUGAUUAACAUACCAACCUAUUUUACAAUGAUGGUUUAUGUUUGUAAUUUGGGCACUUAUUCAGGUUUUUGAGAGUAUAACUUACAAGUCAAGAUGCAGCUUAGAAGAUGACUAUCGUUUUGCUAGGAUAUUAUUGCAAAAAAUAGUAUUAUAUUUCUAAUCUAGGGAUAUUAAUUAUGUGUUUUUGCU